AAUAGCACAGUCAAAUGGAAAUCCAGCACCAAGCCGGCAUGACUCUGACAUGAUGCUAGAUUCGAUUAAAAGUUGUGAUAUUUGAAAAAGGGUAAUGCAGCAAGGAUAACACUCAUUGCUGGAUAUUAAACCAAAAUAUUUGAAAAUAUAAAUUAGUCGAAUCCCAAAGUUUUGUUGUAAAUCUCAAAAUAAUCAAUCUUUGAUUUACCUAAAAAAAUCUCAAAAGUUCUUAAAAAAUCUUACAAACUUUUUCAAUAUAAAAUAAAAUAAUACAGAACAUCAAUCAAUCAGUGUAAAAACAUCAUUAAAUAACUUUAAUUGAAAAUGUCAAUAAAACUAGAAAGUGAGGAGCAAUAUUCAAUAAAAUUAGAAAUCAAAGAAUUUCAACAAAUCUGUUCAAAACCAGUUAUAAAGGUUGAAAAUAUUAAAAACGAGGACGAGAAGGUUCCAAUAAUAAAACCACAACAGAAAGUAAAUUGCAAAUUGUGUCCAAAGAGCUUCAAAUAUAAAGCUUGGUACUUUAAACAUUUGCGAGUCCACGAUAAAGAAGACAAACUUCCAAAACCUUCAUAUUUUAAUGAAAGCCGUCAAAAAUUGAGUCAGAAAACCAACGAGACGGAAAGUCUUGAUCCAGCAACUUUAUGUUCCAGUGACAAAAUGAACCAAAAGCCACAACACAGCCUGAAAACAACACCAAAGCCUAAAAGACCCAGGAAAACAAAAAACGUAAAACGAACGGCUCCAAGACCUAAAAAAAUUUAUUCCUGUGAUUUGUGUGGCAGGCAAUUUUUUAAAAAACAUAAGAUUCAAUUUCACAUGACCAUAAGACAUUUAAUACACUACACAGAAUGUAAAAUUUGCAACAAAAAGUUGCGAUCAUAUACAUUUAAGGGACAUAUUUUAAGUCAUGCAACAGAAAGGAACUUUCAAUGUAAAAUUUGUGACAAGAAAUUCAGAACAAAUGAUAGUUUAAAAAAUCAUAUAUCAAGUCAUAACAAGCCACAUGAAUGCAGCACAUGUGGUAAGAAAUUUGCACUAAAAGCUCGUAGAAAUAAACACGAACAAGGACAUCAACAGAGAGAUUUUAAAGUAUUGGAGUGUGAACUUUGUGGAAUGAAAUUUUUGACAAAACAAAGAUUAAAAUGUCAUCAAAGAAAUCAUGAAGAAAAGUCAACGAAGUCUUUGAAAUGCUUAAGAUGCAACUUCUCUACUGAUAAUAAAAUAUAUUUUAAAAGACAUCAGAAAAGCCACGAGUUGAAGGACAAAAAGGCAGCACAAAUUAAAAAUCCAAUAAAUUGUGAAAAAUGUCCAGCAGUUUUAAGGAACAAGCAAGCUUUGAGAUGUCACAUGAUUAAUUGUCAUCCAAUUGCUCCAUAUGAAUGCGAUCUUUGCGGACGCGUCAUUAAUGCCAGAACUAAUUUCAUCAAGCACAUCAAUUAUCAUUUAUAUAUGAAAAAGUUGCAAGUAGAUUAAAAUUUUAGUUUUCUAAAUAAAAAAUGAGCCAAAAAUUAUGUAAAAUUCUUUCAACAUUUCCCCCCCUGAUUAUCAUUACAAUUCAGCAUGUCGAGGACAUUGCGUAUGAUUAUUUUAUUAAGAAUUCUCAUUUACCAUCGCUAUCGUCUCAUUUAUUUACUCAUUCAAUCGCAUUGAAUAUGUGGCUGCUGAUUAUUAUGCAUCGUGUCUUUCCUUUCCUAUCCACAAUCCACUUUUACUUCCCC